AUGGACGGGACGGCGGAGGAGCAGCGGAUGAGGAAAGUGCAGGCCGGGAGGGAUAAGCUUGCUCGCUUCAGACAAAACAAAACAAAAGGGCAAAGCUCAAAGGCGCAGAAAAAGACGCAGAAAAGGAAGGGUGAGGUUGUACACACGAAUGACAUUCCGCCGGAGGAGAACACGCUAACCACAGCUGAAUAUGCUGUUAAAUUUUCACUGUUGGGUGUUGAACAAAUCUCUGCAGAGACUACUAAAGAAAAGGAGAACCAGAUGGCAACACUUGAAAAUUUGCUGCAUGAACAGCAGAAGAGACUUGAAACUCUUCAAGACAAACUAGACCUGUCAGAAAGUUCUGUCUCCCAUCUGCAGCAGGAACUUUCUGGAAGAAAUCGGGAGGUCAUAGAGCUAAAACAUAAGAUCUCAAUGAUUAUUCAGUCAAAUUCCACACCUUCCUGUUCAGGUGAUGACAAAGGGGGUGGUGAAAUACAAAGACUCUUUGACAGCGGAGAAGAUGGUGUUGAAUCUCUUUGCCAGCUUGUCAUGGAUUUAAAAGAAAAACUGGCAGAAUCUGAGUGUCUACGAGAAUCUUUGGUCAAGAAGAUUGAAAAACAAAUGAAAGACUAUGAAACUGAAAGACUCUCUUGGGAACAGAGGCACAACGAUGAUGUGUCAGGCCUCAAGGAAAAGUUAAAACAAGCAGAACAGACUGCAGCUCAGGAGAAGGAUGACAAAGAUCGCCUGAACAAACAAAUUUGUGAUCUGAAGGAGAGCUUGAAGCUUGAAACAGAAAGCAGUGAAGCAUUAAAACUACAGCACGAGAGAGACUUGCAAACAUGGGUACUGAAACUUGACAACAUGGAGGAGGAUAAGGCAACGUUGUGUCAGAAACUGUCUAGUAACAAACAAGAAGGUUCUGACGUGGAUGAAGAAAGAAGGCAGUUGCUGAAUGAGUCGAGAGAUGAUCAUUUCAGACAUGAACUAGAAGACAUCAAAAAGAAUUUAAGCCGAGUGAAAGCCAGGAAAGAGCAUGAGAACUCAAAAAUGGCUCUGCUUCACAAGGAUGAUUAUGAUGAACUAGUUCCCUUUAAUGAAAGCCUGACAUCCAUGGAUAAGUAUUUUCUCCCUAGCCAGCCUGAGUUGCUUGAAAUGUCUUAUGGUCAGGACGACACUGGGGAUUGUAGCAAAUUUGAACUGGAUAGUGACUUUAUGCUAGAACAAAGUGUUAGCUCCACCAUAGACGGUAACUUUAAUCUUCUCUGUUCUCCUAUGCCGAUCACUGGUGUUUUAUCAGGUGCAGCUUCUAUAGGGGCAGUUUUGGAUCCUGAGUCUUUUGCCAUCUAUUUAUCCAGCAAUUUGGCAUCUUCAGAUGAGAAAACUGAAUUAAGCCCUGAUUUUGCUGAAAAUGCUUUUCAGAAAUGCCGCGUUCUUAUGGAGCAGCUUAAGGAGAAAGAAAAACAGUUACAAAUGUGCUCUGUGUCUCUGGAAGAAGCUAUAACUAAAUGGCGAGAAGUGACAGCUGAACUUGCUGCUACACAAUUAGAACUAGACAGAGAAAGGACAAAUAGAAACUCAGAGGAACAACAAAGACUUAUUGAAGCUCUUAAUAAAGAAAGAGAUGAGUUUAAACUGAUAUUAAGCCAGGGUCAACAUUUGAAGGAGACUCCGAGCCAACAGUUGUAUAAAGAUGAGCAGUUAUCACAACUUUUAGGCAAAAACGUUUUCUUGGAAAAUAAAAUAUCUGUGAUGGAAAAAGAUCUGGAAAGGGCCAUAGCUUUAAACAAAAACCUACAGGUUAGCAAUGUUAAUCUUACCCAGAAUUUGCAUGACUCUGAAAAGGCCAGAGAGUCGGAACAACAAGACUUUGAUAACAAACUGAACUCCAAGGGCUUGGAGCAACAGUUGCUGCAAGAGGCAAUUAAAGCAAAAGAGGAAGAGUUUUUCGGGAAGGAGGAGAGCUUGCGUGAAGAGGUGCAUUUAUUGGAGCAAAUGAAGAAAGAUAUACAGAGCAGAUUACAAGAACAGGUGAGUAAAUAAGCAAUUCAAUGUCAUGAGCAUAAUGUGGACCUGGAAGCUUUACGACUUAGCCUGACCAACAUGCAUGCUGCCCAGCUAGAACUAAAUCAGUCAAACCUGCUCAAAGAAAAAGAUAAUGCCUUGGUACAACUUCGAGAGACACUGACUGAAAAACGAGCGCAGGCGAUAGCCCUUCUUCAGAACCGUCACCAGUUCGAAUUGCAACACUUGCAGGAUGAAGUUGUUGAGUUGAAGAAUCUUAUUGCAGAGAAAAUAGCGCAGCUUCAGGUGCUUACCAAAGACAUGGACUUGCUAAAAGAGCAUCAUGCAAAGGAAAUUUUAGACCUGCAAGAAUUACACAUGAAAGAUUUACAAGCUCAAUAUGUUCAGCAGGAAAAGGAGUGGGAAAUACAGCAAGAUGAGCAUUCCAAAGAAAUAAAGCUACUAAGAGAACAACAAUUACAAGAUACUUUGAUUCAAAAGGAGUUGCAUUCAAAAAUGAUAGAGCAAAUUAGGCUUGAAUUUUCUGAGGAAAUAAAACUGCUGCAAGAACAGCAUGAUACGGAAAAAGAUCUCAUGAAAAAGCUUCAUGCAGAGGAAAAACUAGAGUGGGGAAAUCAGAAAAAUGAUUACUGUCAAGAUUUGGAACGGCUACAAGAUGAACUUUCUGAGGCAUCCUUCCAGAAAAGUCAAAACCAUUCAGAGCAGAUUGCGUUAUGGAAAGAAAAACAUUUAGCGGAAGUAAUGCAACUACAAGAACAGCAUAACCAGGAAACAAAGAUGAUAAAGAAAGAUUAUGCCAUAGAGAAACAGGAAUGGGAAGACCAGAAAGAACAGCUUUCUCAGGAGCUGAAGCAGUUGGGAGAAACUUUUUCACAGAAGACUUUACAACAAAAUGGGUUACAUGAAGAAGAGAUUGAGAAACUGCAACAGAAAUAUUCAGCUGAAAUACUUCAGGUACAAGAACUUCAUAACAAGGAAAAAGAUCAACUACUUAAUACUCAUCUUCAAGAAAAACAAUUUUGGGAGUCGAAACAGGAGGAAUGGUCAAAAGAAGUAUUGCAGCUUAAAGAACAAUAUAAAGCAAUCGAGCAACUUCACAAUGACCUUGUUUAUGAGAAAGAAGACUGGAAUAAGGAUAGAGCAGAUCAGUCAGAGGUGAUAAAGCGGCUACAAGAAGAGAUUUCUUUGAAAAUUUUGCAGCUGCAAGAACAACAUUCAAAGGCAAUUGAUGAUCUACAAGAUCAACAUAGAAUUGCAAUGAAAGAAUUGAAAGGCCGACAUCAUAGGGAACGGGUUGAGUGGGAGAAAGAGCGAGACCAAUGCUCUCAAGAGCUUGAUCUCCUAGUUAAUCAGCAUUCACAUGAGUUAAAACGUAUUGGAGAAGAACUUUUACAGCUUCAAGAAGAAUUCUCAAAGACUAUCUUGGAUAUUCAAAACCAGCAUAGCAGAGAAAUGCAGGAAAUUGUGGAGCUUCAUGCAAAAGAAAAGGAUCAGUGGGAGAGUAAGAAUAGUCAAAGUUUCCAGAAGACCCAAGAUAUGUCUGAGAAACCUAAAAAUCCAGAGGAACUUAAAUUAAUACCUGAGAAUUCUGAAGAUUUAAGACGGCUUAAAGAACAGCAUGACAAAGAGGUGAAGACACUAUUGGAAUGUUACAAACUAGAAAAAAUGGAAUGGAAGAAUGAGCUGGAGCACCUUUCUAAACAAUUAAACCAUUUAGUAACUCAUAAUUUUCAGGAGAUUAAAAAAUACAUGGAUGAACACUCUGAAGAGAUUGAGGGACAUUCAGCAAAUAUACUGCAAAUACAGGAGCAUUAUCAGAAAGAGAUUGAGACUCUAUACGAGCAUUAUGCACAGAAGAGCUUGAAACUGAAGGACGAUGAUCAAGCUUUAGGCAAUGUUCUACACCAACAACAUGCUUUAGCUUUGCUGGACCAGAAUGCUGAUUUGGGACAACAGAUACACAUGCAGGUAGCUUCAGUGCAUGUCAUUCCCAAGGAACUGCAAAUUCACUCAAGUCAAGAAAUGCAAAUUUUAUGGUCUCAGAUUGAUAGCUCUCGAGCAAGUCGGCAAGAACUGCAUGAAUUGAAAGAGCAACUUAUUGCUCGGUCUCUGCAUCUUGAAGAGAUUGAGAGGAUGAAGCAGGACUUUUAUAAACAGAAACAGCAGCUUAACGCAGCACAUGAGAAGGAUAUGGAGGGCCUGAGAAUCUACUUUGAACAAAAGUCCAGAGCAGCAGAGGAGACCUAUAGAGAGAAUCUGGAGUUAAUGCAUCAGCGUCUGAGAGAAAUGAGCUAUGAAGGGAAAGAAGAAAUUAGUACACUGAACAGCUCUGUUUUGACCUUGGAUGAGUCCUUUGAAAGUGAGAAGACUGAUCUCCUUCUUCACCUGACAGAACAGCUGGUGCAGCACAAGGAAGAGUUAUCUUCUUUUCGGCAGCAGUCUCAGGAGAAGCACAGGCAGGAGAUAGAAAAUCUCCAUGCUGCCCUCUCUCAUCAGUAUCAGGAGGAUUUACUGAGCAUGAAGACAGAUCUUUCUGACAAAUACACUUAUGAAAUUGAGACUUUAAAGAAAAGACACAGUUUGGAGCUGGAACAGCUAAGAGACAAAUUGUCUGAAGAGCACAUCAUAGAGGUGGCAAGGAUGCAUCAAGAGAGCAAUGAGAAUGCUGAAUGUCAUGAAAGAACAGAGACAUUGGGGAAACUAUCUGCUAUGGAAGAACCAAACGAUACAGAAGUGAAGAUUAUGGAGCUUUCAAGCAGUGCUGGAGAUGUAGACUUAAAAUAUUCAGGCAAGGUUGACAAAAUAUGCCAGACAGAUGCAACUCUUAGCACCUUGGUUGAGCAGUUAUCUGGGGAAAAAUCCAGAACAAGCUUUGGUGAUGCGGAGGAAGAGCAGCUUUUAAUUCUGCAUGAACAGAAUGCCCUGAGGCUGGAAAGCAUCAAAGAUCAAAUGGCGAGUGAGCUGAAGGAACUUGUCAAACAGCUGUAUGCAGAAAAAGCACGAGUUUUGAAAGCACUGAAAGAAGCACAGAAUAGGACAAAGCAGUUUCAUGAGGAAAAAAACAACAUUUGGGGAAAUCUCUUGGGAGAUCAACAAACAAGCUUAGUCUCUAAGGGCAAGCCCAGUGAGCUAAUCUCCAUCCUCCUGACACAGGAGGAAGAUCUGAACUCGCUGAUAUUGGAGGAGAGACACAGAUGGGAAUCUGGCACCUGUGUAUCUGAAUUACAGGAAAAUAUAUCUACACCGCAUCACCAUUUGGAUGGGGAUAUUUAUUUUCAGACAUCAGAUCUAGAGCGCUAUCCGGAGCAGAACUUGCUGUCUUGUUUAUCAGAGUUGCUACAGAGACACCAAGAAGAACUUCAGUCUCGUGACUUGGAGCACGAAGCUCAUAUCCAAGGCAUAGAGGCCUCCCACCUUAUAAAACUGGACACGUUGGAGUCGUCGUACCUUACUGAGAUUCAGAAGAUCAGAGAUGAGCAUUCACGUGCCUUGGGAGAGCUGGAGGUUUGUUUGUCACAUCGCCUACAAGAAAAAGAGGGGGAAAUUCAGGAAAGGCUGCAGAAGGCCAGGAUGCUGUGGCUACAGCAGCAAAAACAGGAACUACAACAUCUUAGGCAGGAACUUGCUUCUGUCCAUCUAGAGAAGUUUCAAGCCAUGUCAAAGGAGUUAGAAAUUGCUCAUCAGGAUGACCUUAAAGAUGAACUCGACCAGCAGCGUUUACAGCUAGAGUAUGAUAAAAACCAGACUUUAGAUGCUCUGAGAGAAGAGGUUCUUAGAAUGGAAGAGCACAACAAGCUUUCUUUUAAAGAACUGAGUGACCUGCACAAGAUGGAGGUUCAGCAGCAAACUCAGACAUUGCAGGAUGAGCUGAUGAAGCUGGCAGGCGAGCGGCAGAAGCAGGAGCUUGUUAUUACAGAACUUAACAACCAGCUCCAGGCUUUGUCUACAGAACUAGAGAACAAAUCCAAUCAACUUUUGCAAUUACAAGAAGAGAUUGAAUUGUUGAAAUGUCAGUCUGAAAUGUUACUGGAACAACAAAUUGCUCAAUUAAAGGAAGAGUUAAUCACAGAGAAGAAGUCUGCUAGGCAAGAGAUUGAGGAACAGUUUACUAGAGACUCUGAAAAGUUACAUGGUGAGCUUAACAAGGAGAAUGAACUCUUAAUGAGGCAGCUGGAAGAUAAGAAUGGUUUAGUGCUUCAGUUGCAGGAGAAGGUCUCUUUACUAACAAAUGAGAUGGAAGGGGUGCAGUCUCAGGUGGAGGCGAUUGUGCAGACCAGAGAAAGAGAGAACCAAGAAGGAAAGAAUUUGGAAACAAUACUUCAAUCUGAAGUACACCGAGCCCGCCAGGAGCAGGGAAAACUCCAAGAUUCUUGCCAGCGUCUUCUGAAGAUUUUCACUGAUGUGUUAAAGAACACACUCGUCACAGAAGAUUUAAUUUUCAAAAAAAUUGGUCUCUGCUUAGACAGUACCUUAUCUGAAGAUAGAAACAGCGAUGCGCUGACAAAAUCAACAGUGAGUGAGAAACAUCGCCUGAGUCCAGAAUGUGACACUUUGACAGAGCACAGCCUGAUGUCCACAGAUGAGGGAUAUGAAGUGUCAGAAUAUUUGUGCGAUAGUGUGUUGGGGAGCCUAGAAGUUGGUCUAGAGAAUGAAGAGAAGAUUGUACAGAUGAGCCAGCGUUUACGUUCUGCUGUUGGGAGACUUCUAGAUAUGGUUUCUAAUUCAUCACUUCAGUUGGAGCAGACUCGUGAUAUACAGAAAUCUUUUGAGGAGGAGUUUAAAAGUCGAAAUCAAGAGAUGGCUCAAGUAGUGGUUAAGAAUCAGGACUUGUUGAAACUGCUUGCACAGGAGUCGGAGACUAAGAACCAGCUGGAGGUAGAACUGCACAAAGCUCAGGGACUUAUUGAAGGUUAUGCAGCGGAGAAAGCUGCUCUGGAAGAAACAUUGUCAUUAAAAGAGACUUCUGAGCACCAGCUUGUUGUACAACUGGAAAAGUCACGGGAGCAGCUGAAAGUCCUAAUGCAGGAGCCUGCUGUUCUCAGGGAAGAGAAGGAGUUGUUGCUGAGACUCCAGGAAGUUCUGUCAAGUAGUGAGAAGGAUGUUGAAGUUGAACUUCUGAAAGAAACUCAACGCCUAGUACAGGAAAAACUUGAGUUACACUGUCAAGCAGACAAGGAUCGAUCAAACUUGCUUUCCCAUAUGAGGGUCCUGGAAAUGGAACUGGAAGACCAAAUGGCUCGUAACCAGGAACUGUUGAAGAAAAGAAGUGAAAUGACUGACCUUGAGCAACAAAUCCAGGCUCUAGAAAAGCAGCUGAAGCAUCAGAGACAGUUUAUGGAUGAACAAGCGGUUGAGCGUGAGCAUGAGAGAGAUGACUUCCAACAGGAGAUCCUCAAUCUGGAGGAGCAGCUCAAACAAGCACUGAAAAAUCAUGGAGAUUCCAGGACACACCGCCUCCAUGACUGGAGUGAACAGAAUGAAGCUCGUGAGACUAAUGCAAAAGACAAGGCAAACCUUAACCUGCUGAUUGAGGGAAAAGAUCACCUAGAGCAACAAAUAGCUGAAAGAAAUGAUGAAAUCGACAAGAUGUUGGUGAGAAUACAGGAGCUGGAACAGGCUGCUCUCAGUAAUGCUGAUGCAGCCAAAAAUUGCAGCCAGUUGGAAGCAGAAUUGAAGAAUAUGCACUCGAUUCAAAAGGAAUUAUUACAGGACAAAGAUGCUCUACAACAGCAGCAGUACAAUAAUGUGCUUCAGAUCUCUGCCCUGCAGUCAAAGUUAGAUGAGACCCGGCACAGAUUGCCUGUAGAAGGCGAGCCUGACAGCCUUCUAAAGAAGGAAUUACAAGCUGAACGUGAAGCUCUUCAAAGGAAAGAGAAAGAGGCUGAAUGUCUGGCUGAGCAGCUAGAGCUGUUCAGGGAAGAACUAACAAACAAGACAGAAGAGGUCCUUCAGCUGAACAUGCAGCUUGAAAUCCAGCGCAAACAGAGUGAGCAGGCUGCUCAGCAGGCACAAGAAGAAUACCUGCAGCUGAAGGAAGAAAUGUCUUCUCUGCAUCUUGAAAGAACUCAUGACAAAUCUAGCUCUUCACUGGAACUUCUCCAAGCUUUAUUACAAGAAAAGAACCAAGAGAUUGACCAUUUGAAUGAACAACUUCUUAGGUUGCAAGAGGAGACAUCAGAUGCGGAGGAAUUGAGGUCUUUAGUUGAGCAUCUUCGCAGCGACCAAGAGAGACUUCGUAAGGACAAAGAGGAGGAGAUGGAACAGCUUCACGAGGUCAUUGAAAAGUUACAGCACGAGCUUGAGCAGCUGGGACCCAUUAGGCAUGAGGUCAGCGAUAGUCAAGAAAGCCUAGAUCAAUUGGGUCUAGGAGGAACAGAUAAUUUGCAGGCUGAGCUUAGAAAUGGAACUGGACAGCUAGAGAGAGCACGUGUGGAGAAAGAGAGUAUGGAGGAUACUGAGUCUUUGUGCAUGACUGAGCUUGAAGCCUUGCGACAGCAACUGGAAGAAAAGGAAGUACUGCAUGUUUCAGAGACCGAGGUUCUUGAGACUGAUUUACAAAAUCUCCAACAGUCUUUAAAGCAGAAAGAGCAAGCCCUUGAGUUUCUUCAGUUGGAGCAUAGAAACUUGCAGGAAGAGAUUGAACUACUCAGGACUCGUGUGUCACAGAGGGAAGAAUUCAUUGCUGUUCUGACUGCCCAGUUGCAAAGACUCCAAGACGCUGUAAGGGAAAAGGAUGCCAUUCUCGUAGAAAAGGAACUUGAAGUUCAAACUUUGCAGGAGCAGAAUAUGGGUGAUAUGUCUAUGUUGCGUAAUCAGCUGGCACAAAGUGUCCAGGCUUUAGAGGCUACCAAAAUAGACCUGCAAAAAGUGCAAGAACAGAAUGUGUCUCUGCAAACUACCUUGACUCAAAGCUCCAAGGAGCAAAGCAAGAGGGAGAGAACGUACAAAGAAGAAUUAGAAGAGCUCAGGCAGUGUUUAAAAGAGUGGAAGGAGACGUCUCGUAAGCUUAUGGAAGAGGUACAUACACAGACUGAUGGCAAUCAGAAUAUGACCACAUUAGAAGCUGAAUCUCACUUUGCUGUUUUGAAUGAGCAGGUGAAUGCUGCAGAGCGUCUUGCAAGUGAGCAGGAAGCUAAAUUGAGUAUUGAAAAUAAGCUCAAUGAUUUGAACAAUUUUGUAGAUGAAUUGCGUACAGAAUGUGAGAGCUGGAAAGCUGAAGCCCAGCAUCUCCAGCAGGAGCUUAAGAAGAAGGAAGCUUGUGUUGCAGAGGUACACUCUCAUUCCCUGAAUCUAGGAACUCAGGUAAAAAAACUUCAGGAAGCCUUAGUAAGCCAAGAAGCCAUGAUCUCUGUUAUAUCGGUGGACUUGCAAAAACAGAUUGCCGAGGACCAAGCUAAACCGAAUGGGUCAUUGCGAUCUGAUGUGAAGCAGAGAAGCUUCUCUGAAAGCCUGACGGACUUGAGUGCUUGGGACUCUCCUGACAUGGUUAGGAAACAGGAGGAACAAGUGCACAGCUUGAGAGGACUGACUCCCUUCUCUGAACUGAGCAUUAAUCACAGUGCUGAGUUGGAAGUUAUGAAAUCAAAGUCAUCUGGUUGUGUUAAACAACUGGAGCAAUAUAAUCUUCUAGGGUCCAGUACCCCUUCUUUGUCUGACAGCGUUUACUCCUUGCAACAUUCCAUCCAUACACAGAGGACCAGCCCUGUCAGAGAAACGGGACACCCCUCAACAGACUACGACUCCUGUGAUGAUCAGCCAAGCUCCGAAGAUCAUCACACAGAGACUGAACAAUCUGAUGAACUUGAUUACAAGCUUGAAGCUGGGAGGUUCCAGUUUGAUGAGGUGGAGAAUUUGUUUGCCAUAAAGCCGAAGAUGGAUUCGAUGAGUGGAAGUGGACUAUCUGCACAGCUUCAGAAAAUGUUGAAUAUGGUUCAUGAGGAAAGCUGCCAGAUUCUGGAACUGUCUGAACGGCCUGUCUCAAAGGUUCCCAGUCUAGAGAGUACUGCGCUUCAGAUUCAGAGAGAUGCCUGGUUGAAAGAACGAGAGAAUCUGCAAGAAACCAUCCAGUCUCUAAGCGCUGCGUUGGCACAGGCUGCAGGAAAAGGAAGCCAGGAGAGUUCUACCUCAGACUGGAGAAGGGACUUAUUGCAAAGUGUUCAGGCUCUUUUGGAAAGUGAAAGAGCGUAUUUACGCUUGGAACUUCAGUCACAGCUUCACCAUGGCACUGGAGAGCGCAGUUCACUGUCAGAAAAGGUAGAACACCUAAUCAAGGAGCAGGAGGAACAAAAGCGCCUCAUCUUGGAGCACGUCCUAGCCAUGGACCGUAGCAGCCUGUUAUCUGAAAUUCAAGAUCUACGUGCACAGUUAAGAAUGGCCCAUCUUCAAAACCAAGAGAAACUGCAACAACUACAAGAUGCCCUCUCCAGUUCUGAAGAAAAAGGGCACACAAAAGAUCACCAACUGCGCAAGCAAGUGGAGCUUUACCAGUACAAAUUACAGCAAGAGGCUGCUAUUGCUGAAGAUUUAAAAGGUUCCUUAUUGCGGGAACAAGAGAGGUCCACAGAGCAGCACAAGCUGUUACUCCAGGAACAAUCUACUGUGUCUCAACUUCGUUCUCAAUUAGAGGAACUGCAGUUGGAGCUUGAAAAGCUGAGAAGGCAACAGAAAGAAAUGCAGAUCGAAUCAUCCAAACUAAGAAAUGAGCUGGAGAGCAAAGAGGAGGCCGCAUCUGUUCUCAUGCAUACAGUGCAGACUCAACGGGAGGUGGAAAGUCAAAGGUUUGAAGAAGGAAAACAUCUAAUUCAACAGAAGCUUGCAUACAAGGAGAAGUCUCUGCAGGAGUUCUAUUUGUCCCUGGAAGAGCAGAAAAAGCUUAAUGCAAAAAUUUCUGCAGCUUUGUUACAAGAGCAGACUUGCACCAGUAAUCUCAGGAAAGAACUUGAAAUAGAACAGUCUCGCUGUCAGGCUCUUCUUGCUCAGGAGCACAAAAAAUUGUCAGAGACGGAGACUGAGUUGGAGAAGGAAAAGCAGUACUCGUUAAGCUUGUCAAGUGCCUUGACCCUUGAGCGAAAUGUUGUGGAGCAACUUCGACAACUGCAAAGUCAAGAGCUCUGCAGACAGGAGGAAGAGCGACAUCAGGAACACAAAAUAGUAGUAACAUUACAAAAUCAAUUGGAAGAGGAAAGGCGUUGUGCCAGAGACCUUGCUACCAUGAUGGAGAAGACACAGAAACAAGCUGUUGAUGCAAAGCGUCAGUUGGAAUCUGAAAUUCAAGCUUGUCGUGAAGAAAUGCAAAGAGAGCGGGAGGCAGCAGUUAAAUUGCGUGCACAUUUAGAUGCCUUGCAAAGUCAAAAACAGCAAUUGGACAGUGUGUUGGAGCAGCAGAAAGAGCGAGAAACUCGGCUGCAGAAUGAACGAGAGCAGUACCAUUCUCAGUUAAUGAUCCUUCGGGAGGAGGAAAGAGUUUGGGCAAAAGAACGUGAAAAAGGAAUGGGCAGAUCAAAACAGACAGAACUUAGCAGAGCACGAGAAGAAGAGCAGGAACGGCAGAUGAUGGACUUACAGUUACAACAUGAGCGAGAUAAGCGACGUAUUCAGGAGUUGCAACACAUGCUGGCCGAUCUGGAAGAACAAGAACGUGCUUUGGCUUCCAGAAAGAGCCAAACCUGGACAGACAUUGCCAGCCCUGCUAAAAAUCUGGCUUCACUAACCAGUCAGCUGCAGAGAGUCUGGCAGCAACUACUUCAUAUUGUACUGAAAGUGAAAAAAUGGAUGCCGAAGAAGAGUGACUGUGCACACCAAGGCUUCCCCACUGAGGCAGAAGUGACAGCUUUGCUGGACUCUCUAGCACAACUUAAGUUAGAGUUGCAGAGAGGAAAUCUUCAGACGUCUGUUCCAUCACCAUCCAUUGUGGUUGAUGUUCUGAAACGUGAGAACGAGGAGCUUGCAACUACGGUGUCUCAGCUGACUAAAGAGAAGCUGGAGCUCAGAAGUCAGCUCACUAAACUCAGCACAAGCUUGCAAGAGUCUCCAUAUAAAGAAAAAAAGGAACAGUUGCAUUCAGAUUCUAUAGACUCUGUGCUGGAGGCUGAACGGGCAGUCUGGAACCGUGAGAAACGGCUUUUGCAGAUUGCGCUGAAAAAUGCAGAGUCUGAGCUGGGCAAGGCAACCAUUGAGAACAGGCCUCAGUCUGAUGUUCCCAAUUCCAAGAUGCAGCGUCUGUAUAGGAAAUAUCUCCGAGCAGAGAGUUUCCGCAAAGCUCUAGUGUACCAGAAGAAAUACCUCUUGCUCCUUUUGGGAGGAUUCCAGGCUUGUGAAAAAGCAACAUUGUCCUUGAUUGCACGCAUGGGUGUGUAUCCAUCACCUGCAGACCUUCAGUAUCCUGCCAAAUCACCGUCAGGCCUCACCAGAUUUCGAUCAGCUGUCCGGGCUGUAAUUGCCAUCUCCAGGCUAAAGUUCCUGGUAAGGAAAUGGAACAAAAAUAGCCGGAAAGGUGUAGUUGUGGAGCCAGCAGUUCAAGUGCAAACUAACAGAACAGAUGUUUUACAACACCUGAGUGGUACUUCAUUAAAUUCUCCUCCAACCCGGGAUGUGGCAUAUGGUCACAACCAUAGUUCUUCUUUUAUUGGUACUCCAUCACCAAGGCCAUUGCCUUGGACUUCAAGACGAAUUGGACACUCGCCUGCCCUAACUCCAGAAACCUCUCCAUACACCUCUCCAUACACCUCUCGAGAUCAAGAGCAUUCGAUCACAGAGUAUAUCCAUCAUCUAGAGAUGGUCCAGCGGAGAUUAGGUGGACUUCAAAAUGGCCCCUCACCAGAACUGCCUCGUGUUAAAUAUGCACGGAAAUAAGCACAUUGGGAGCGGUUCAGUGUGUUUUUUGUUUGUGUUUUUUUUAUUAUUAUUUUGUACUAUGCAAUACAUC